AUGAGCAAGCUCAACGCUGGGGCCUUUGAAUUCGUUCCAGGCAGAGCUUUCAAGGUGCCCGCUGCUGCACCUGCACCCACCCCAGGUCCCCCCAUCGAACGACCUGAGCAAACCGAGGCUCCCGCCCCCGCGCCUACAAUUUCUCUUAAUAUCGGGGGAUCUAAGCCUCUUGCACCAUCACCGUCUCAAACACCUCCCCCGACAAAGGCACCUGCUGCACCAAAACCCGAAACGAACGUCGCUAAACCAUCCAAACCGGAGACAUCAAGAACAUUCACGACCGAGAAGGCAAAGACAGACACCAAUGCAAUCGUACAGGAGGUUCAUGCAGUGGCCGAUCAGACCAUUCUGGAGGAUCUCUUUGGAGAAGGAAUGAGAGAGCAUUUGAAUAUUGUGUUCGUCGGGCAUGUUGAUGCUGGAAAGAGUACGAUGGGCGGUAACCUUCUCUUCUUGACGGGUAUGGUCGACAAAAGAACGAUGGAGAAGCUUGAACGCGAGGCGAAGGAAGCAGGCAGAGAAUCAUGGUACCUCAGUUGGGCACUCGACUCCACCACCCAAGAGCGAUCGAAGGGCAAGACCGUCGAGGUCGGUCGUGCUUAUUUCGAGACGCCAGCCCGACGUUACACCAUCCUCGAUGCGCCCGGUCACAAAACGUAUGUCCCCUCCAUGAUAUCCGGCGCCGCCCAGGCAGACGUCGCCAUUCUCGUCAUUUCAGCUCGCAAAGGCGAGUUUGAAACAGGGUUCGAGAGAGGUGGUCAGACUCGGGAGCACAUUAUGUUGGUGAAGACAGCAGGUGUGUCAAAACUGAUUGUCGCUAUCAAUAAGAUGGACGACCCCACCGUGAAUUGGGAGGAGUCUCGAUACAACGAGAUCAAGGACCGUUUGAUACCUUUCAUUAAGGCCUCGGGAUACAAUCCCAAGACAGACGUCCAUUUCAUACCCGUGUCAGCUUACACCGGGGUCAAUCUCAAGGAUCGUGUGCCCAAGGCAGUUGCUCCAUGGUGGACUGGAACGUCUUUCCUCGAACACAUGGAUGCUAUGCCCAUGGUCGAUCGCAAGGUCAACGCCCCGCUCAUGAUGCCCAUCUCCGAGAAAUAUAAAGACAUGGGCACCAUCGUCGUUGGCAAAAUCGAAUCCGGGCACAUCCGCAAAGGCGACAACCUCGUCCUCAUGCCUAACAGGGAACCCGUCGAAAUCGCUGCCAUGUACAACGAAAUGGAAGAGGAGGUUAACUCAGCGAUGUGUGGCGACAACGUCCGCAUCCGUCUGCGCGGUGUCGACGAUGAGGAUAUCACGCCUGGAUUCGUGCUUACGAGUCCGAAUAAACCGAUUCACGCCGUCAGUCGCUUCGAAGCCCAGCUUGCUAUCCUGGAACACAAGAAUAUCAUUUGCGCUGGAUAUUCGGCUGUGAUGCAUGUGCACACGCUCGCAGAGGAAGUGACGUUGCCUGCUCUGCUCCAUUACUUCGAUAAAGCCACAGGACGAAAGUCCAAGAAACCGCCUCAAUUCGCAAAGAAAGGUCAAAAGAUUGUUGCGCUGAUAGAAACAACCGCCCCGGUAUGUGUUGAGCGGUUCGCGGACUACCCGCAACUUGGACGUUUCACCCUACGAGACGAAGGCCGGACCAUUGCUAUUGGAAAGGUUACCAAGCUUCUUGAAGGCAGGCUGUCUGAGGUAACGGAGGGUGUCUCGCAGAUGUCUGUUUCCGGUGCCUAA